GCGCACAGCUAAACCUGAACGGCACGCCAUGCAACAAGGCUUCCAGGGGGUUCUACUGGAAAUGCGUCUUUAUCAAAUGGCACAUGUUUACCCCAAAAUAUAUAUUACCAUUGGCUGAGUGCUAGUAGUGGGUGUAGAAGAAGGUAAAAUGAAAUGGACUUAACACGGACCAGACCGUCCUUGUAUGGUGACAUCGCCCAUGGACUUGGAUUCUGGACAGACAGGUCAGCUGUGCAUGAGGCUGCAGCUCAGGGCCGAGCUGUCCAGCUGCAGCAGCUGAUCGAGGAUGGGGCAGUGGUCAACAUUGUGUCCGUGGACUCCAUCACCCCUUUACAUGAAGCGUGCAUACAAGGACAGACCCAGUGUGUCAAACUGCUGUUGGCCGCCGGGGCACAAGUGGAUGCCCGUAACAUCGAUGGCAGUACCCCGCUGUGUGACGCUUGUGCCGCUGGGAGCCUGGAGUGUGUCAAACUACUGUUAGAGUACGGGGCAACAGUGAACCCUCCGCUGUUUACCUUCUCUCCGCUGCACGAGGCCUGCAUGGGAGGUAACUCAGAUUGUGUUAAGAUUAUGAUUGACCAGGGAGCUUUGAUGGAGGCACAUGACUGUCACUAUGGGACACCUCUUCAUGUGGCUUGUGCCAGGCAGCAUUAUGACUGUGUCAAAGUCCUCCUCAAUGCAGGUGCAAAUGUGAAUGCUGCUAAGCUCCACGAGACUGCUCUUCACCAUGCAGCCAAAGUAAAAAACACCAGUUUAAUAGAGCUACUUGUGGAGUUUGGAGGAAAUGUUUAUGCCAGAGACAACAUGAACAAAAAACCCAUAGACUACACAAGUUUUGGUUCUCCGUCCUAUUGCUGCCUUCAGUUUUAUGAGAACACACCACUGAGUCUGCAGCAGCUCUCCAGAGUCACUCUACGCAGAGCACUGGGAACAAAGGCACAUGACAGUGUUUCAAAACUGGACUUGCCCAAUCGCAUCAUUCAUUUUCUUUGUUAUGCACCUCCUCCAGCUUUUGAACUUUAGCACUUAAAAUAUUUGUUUGGAUGCUCUGUUAUGAUACACUUAAUGUAGAGCUACACAUUAAUGAUGACACUUGAGUUUAAGUAUUCAUUGGUUAUUUUAUUAUUGUUUUAUUCCAACAAUUGAAUAGAAGCAUUUUACUGUCUUAUGUUUAAAUUUGUCUCCAUGCACAUUUUCUAUAAAAUUAAGUUAUUGUGUGUU